AUGACGCUUCGAUCGGUUCAGCGGUCGCAGCGCCGAAGCUCCACCGGCGCGCAGCCAGCGCAACGGACACCCAGCCACAACGAGAAGCGCAGCGGCACGCCAGAUGCGGCGCGCGCGGGGGUGAGGUACAAGCGGAGGAAGACCCUCAGCGACGCUCGCGCAACGCGCGGGCGAUCCGCCGAAGAGGCCGAUGACAGCGAGCGACCGGCUCGACGCGCCUCGCUGCGCGUCGCGGGAGGCGGGAAAGACGGCGCGAAGAAGGCGAAGCGGAAGGAGCGGGAGGAGAAGCCGGUGUCGUUAGUUCUCCCGCCAAUUCCCAGCAGCGCCGGCCCGUUGUUCCAAGUCCGCGCCGGCCUCACAGGUCGCGCCUCCCUCCGCCUCUCCCUCUCACCUCUCUUCCCAACGCCACACAGGCGAACCAACCAUCUCGUUUCCGUCUUCCCAUCUGAUGCUGACGUGGCACCAGACUUCAGAGCGCGCCAGCUGGCGAUGGCGGUGGAGGCGGGCGUCACGAGCGAGGUGGUGUGGGCGCUCAACGCGCUGCAGCUGAUCAGCUUCUCUCUCAAGGACACGUGGCAGCAGGGGGCUGGCCCGCUCAGCAAGGCGCCACAACUGCUUUCAGCCUUAGUAUCAGUGGUACUGGUCUUGCACGCCUCAUCACCGCUUUGCACCCCACCUAGCCGAUCGUCGUGUCUGCCUACAUCCGUUCUCGUCCCUUCGCUUCGUUCACUCACAUGUGCUGCUCUCCGCCACCCAAUUCUCCACCCCACACCCGCAACCUCCCAUUUGCCCCCCCCCACCUUUCUUCUCCGCCGCCCUCUUUCCCGCUUUACCGCCACCCGCCUUGCCACUCCUUUCGAAACUCCUCAGGUGGCGUCGUGGCGCGCCUGCUCGCUCGAAAUAACUGACGCUGCCACGUGGCGAGCCAUGAGAGGAGGGCCCGAGGGCGGCGGCCCAGCCGACAGUGAACCCCCUGGGAGGGGCGGUGGCGGCAGCAGGAGCAGCGGAUCGGGGCGGCUCUCGCGCGUGCUGCAUGACCCCCUAGGGGAGCGCAUUCGCACCUACUUCCCGCACUCCGCGGGUCCGCCCCUGCCUGCGCGCCCCAUCUCCGCCCUGCACCCGCCAUCCGCGGACGACCCUCUUGCCUCCGCUGCUGCUGGCGCUGGCGGUAUGAGCGCGUAUGGGCGCGGGCACAGGGGAGGCGGGGUAGAGUCGCGCGGGGGGGAAGCAGGUGGGGAGGCGGGCGGAGGGAGGGGGGAGGAUGGGGGAGUCGUGGCGGGAGUGGGGGUGGGGGGGAAGGCGGAAGGGGACGAGGUGGGGGACGGGGGUUGCGGGGAGGCGGGGCUGAGUGCAGAGGAGCGGGAGGUGUGGUGGGCGGAGCGGGCACUCUUCAACCACAGCAGCAGCGCCAGCAGCACCGGGGGAGGCAGGGGCGGGGGCAGCAGUGCGGGGGAGCGGGUGCAGUGUGCAGUGGCGGCGAGCAGUGUGCUGCGCAACCUCUCCUUCCUGCCGCACUGCGCCUCCGCCAUGGCCGCCCUGCCCGCGUGUGUGGCCAUGCUCGUGGGCGCCCUGGAGGACUUUCAACGCGAGGACGAGGAGGUGGUGAGCAAUGCAGUCGACACGUUCGCCAACAUCGCAGCCGCCAUCGACCUCUCCUCCUACCCCGCCCACCAACCGCCCCUCCCCUCCUCCGCCACCCCCCUCUCCUCUGCGCUGCCAGCGACGCUCUCAUCAGCAGCACCUGCCCUGCCCGCCUCUCUCACUCGCUCCGCAGCGGCGCACCCCGGGGGGGACACGGGCCCGCAUGGCAUGGCAGUGGGGGCUUCUGGGAGUGGUGCGGAUGGUGGCGCUGAUGCUGCUGCUGGGGGCGAAGGGUGUCGUGGAGUAAUGAGUGUGGAGAGGGUGCUGGGGGCGCUGGCGGCGCUGCUGCAGGGCCCCGUGGUGGCGUGGCAGGCGGCAGCAGCAGAGGCGUGGGGGCGCCUGCUGCUGUGCCGCGAUAACGACCUGCUGCUGCUCCCCGCCGCCGGGCCCCUGCAGGUGUACCGGCAGGUGGCGCUGCUGCUGGCCUCUGCUGACCCCCACGUGCAGGCCACUGCGCUCUCCUGCAUCCUCCCCUUCACCCCCUUUCCUCCCCCCCCACCCCCCUUCCUUCCCCCCCACCCCCCUUCCUUCCUCCCCACCCCCCUUCCUCCCCCCCCACCCCCGUUUCCCUCCCCCCACCUCCCUUCCUCCCCCCCCCACCCCCCUUUCUCCUCCCACAGUCUUCUCCCGCGCCUGCUUGCGCUGGUAACCGCACCGCACCCAUUACAGCGAGUGGUGCGGCGGGCAGCAGCAAUGCUACUGUGUCUGGCAAGGGAGCCGCGCACACACGCCGCCUUCCAACCCCUCCUCUCCUCCCUCACCCGCGCUGCCUUCGCCUCCGCCCCUCCUGCCCCUCAUGCUGCUGCUGGUGCUGCUGGUGCUGGUCCUGCUGCUGGUGCCGCGGUGGGUGAUGCUGCCGCUGCAAGUGGUGGUGGCAAGGAGAAGGGCGGUGGGGAAGCGGAGGUGAGUGCGGCGCUGGCAGAGGUGGUGUGGCGCGUGUCGUGUGAGCCGGGGGCAGAUGACUGGCGCUUGCCUCAAGGGGAGAAUGUGUGGGGCGCACGAGAGUGUGACAUGUGA